AUGUUAGAAUUUGGAUCACUGACAUAUGAUAAGACACAAAUGGACAUUCUAUGGUGGAUUCCAGAUUCUCCGCCCAUGGUUGAAAUGCCCUACCUUGACUUUUCUGAUUAUGUACCAAGUAAUGAGUGGCGUACAGAUGGUGAAAAAGAACGGGAAGUACACCACAUCAAUCGCACUAUACAAAUUCGAUCCGUCAAAAAGCAUCGACGUCGAAGUCAAACUGUUGGCAAUGAAGUAGUAACAUUAGAGUAUCCAGUUCUACGUUAUCUGAUCCGUUUGAGACGAAAUCCAAGCUUUUAUGUAUUUAUGUUAGUGAUUCCAUGCGUGCUGUUAUCAUCAUUAACGUUGGUUGUAUUUUGGUUACCUCCAGAAUCUCCAGCAAAAAUGAUGCUUGGUAGGAAAUCUUAUCCUCUUGAUCACCCAUAG